AUGGCUGGCUAUUACAAGAUGUUCAGAUGGGUUCUACCUUCCUAUAGCCGACACGACCAGUACGCAGCAGUCCACUCGGGAAAUGAGGAGGAAAAAGCGGAUGAGAUAGGGCUUUUGUCCAAAAAGGCGAUCUCAGGCCCUCGCUCAGCCUCUCGCCGACACAUUUCGGUUUUGAACAGCAUCUUGUUUCUUUCCUUCUUGCUCGCCGUGACUUCCCUUCUAGUGGCAUUUACGACUCACUACACUAUUGUGCGACGAAGCCUUAUCAGUAUCAACUUGCCGUACGGGAACCCCAUUCCGCCAGUUCCCUUGGAAAUGAGAAAGUUCGGACCAGCUGAAAUAUUCACUGAACGUUCAAAUCCCAGAAGCGAUGCUGCAUGGGAGGCUUUAGCCGGCCCAACCCUUAAUGACCAAGGCUUCAUUUACGUUCCCAACUGGGAGGAUUUAAAGCUACCCCUGGAGGCUACGCUGACUAGUCCGUCCAAGGGUGCCAUUCGCCAUACGUUCUGGCAGUUGAUGGAGGGUAAGCUCGACCCGGUGGCCUUCGAAGCACUUGACGGAGAUACUACCGAUCCGAACUUUAUACCCCGUGGCCAUGGAUUGUGGCACAGUGAACAUUGCUUCAAUUAUGUCCGGCAUGCGUUGCAAUGCUAUGGAGACACAACUAUGGAAGUUCCAACCGACUUCAAUGGCCAGUUGAUCUUCAUUGGAUGGAAUACGACGCACCAAUGUCGCAGUUUCGACGCCAUUUGGGACUACACAGUCAACCAUUCCACAUUAGAUAGCUUGAAAUGA